ACUCUUCAUCUGUAAACUUAUUUUUCCCUUCCCAAAAAAUGGCUGAUACAGCGGUUGUUGUGCCCAAGAAAUCAAGAAACAAUGGAAGAAAAGCCUUGAAACAAAAAAAUCCAUCUACAAAUGAUGCUAAUAUUUUGGCACAAAAGCUUUCGCAGGCUUCCCCAACUCCAAUUCCUUCUCCAAUGGAAGCCGAAAAAGAGAACCAUGAGGGACUCUCUCAACCUCUCACUUCUCCCAAGAAAGGGAAGGCCGCUGCGAAAGGGAAACAGACAAAGCAGCAGCAGCAGUCUUUCGAGAAAGACUUGCAAGAAAUGCAAGAUAUGUUGCAGAAGUUGAGGAUAGAGAAGGAGAAGACUGAGGAGUUAUUGAAGGAGAAAGAUGAGAUGUUGAAGAUGAAGGAUGAAGAGCUUGAGACCAAGGGAAAAGAGCAAGAGAAAUUGCACAUGGAGUUGAAGAAAUUGCAGAAAAUGAAGGAGUUCAAGCCCACUAUGACUUUCCCAAUUGCUCAGUCCUUGAAAGACAAGGAACAGGACAAGAAAGAGAAGAAGAAAAAGGGAGGCCCUGAAAAGAAAAGGCCUUCUCCACCUUACAUCUUAUGGUGCAAAGAUCAAUGGAAUGAGGUCAAGAGGGAGAAACCAGAGGCAGAUUUCAAAGAGGUCUCAAACAUUUUGGGUGCAAAAUGGAAGACAGUCACCGCUGAAGAAAAGAAGCCUUAUGAGGAGAAAUAUCAGGCUGAGAAGGAAGCUUAUUUGCAGGUGAUUGCAAAAGAGAAGCGUGAGAGUGAAGCCAUGAAGCUCUUGGAAGAUGAGCAUAAGCAGAAGACUGCUAUGGAGUUACUUGAACAAUAUGUGCAGUUCAAACAGGAAGCAGAGAAAGAUACCAAGAAGACCAAGAAAGAAAGGGAUCCUUUGAAACCAAAGCAACCAAUGUCAGCAUUUUUCUUGUUCUCCAACGAGAGGAGGGCAGCUCUUUUAACAGAGAACAAUAACGUUUUGGAGGUUGCAAAAAUCGCUGGCGAAGAAUGGAAGAACAUGACUGAAGAACAAAGACGACCUUAUGAAGAGAUGGCAAAGAAGAACAAAGAAAAAUACAUGCAGGAAAUGGAGGUUUACAAGCAGAAAAAGGAGGAAGAAGCUCUGAGUCUUAGAAAGGAAGAGGAGGAGACGAUGAAACUUCAGAAACAAGAAGCUCUUCAGCUGCUUAAGAAGAAAGAGAAGACAGAGAAUAUUAUUAAGAAGACCAAGGAGAAACGUCAGAAGAAGAAGCAGCAGCAGAACUCUGACCCUAACAAGCCCAAGAAGCCUGCAUCUUCAUUCCUCUUGUUCAGCAAAGAAGCAAGGAAAACGCUGAUGCAAGAGCGACAAGGAAUCAACAAUUCUACACUUAAUGCCCUGAUUUCAGUGAAAUGGAAGGAACUUAGUGAGGAAGAGAAGAAUGGUUGGAAUGCCAAAGCAGCUGAAGCCAUGGAAGCAUACAAGAAAGAAUUGGAAGAAUACAACAAAUCUGCCGCAGCAGCUGCGGAGAACUAGUAGCAACACUGAAGGCUAAAAUUUUGCUCUAUUGAUGUUCAAGUUUGUCGAACAUCAUCAGUCCUUUUGAUAGCUGUUCGGAUCUGAUUGUUUUUUAGCAUUCUGAUACUUCUCUAACUGCAAUUAAGAUCUAGUUCAAUCCAAUGUUUCUUUGGUUGAUGCUGUCCCAUGGAACCAUUUUUCUGGUUUAUUACUGCUUUAUAGCAACAAAUCGUAUUGGCUCGAGAAAUAUGAUUAGAAUUUGGAAGCAUUUUGAUUUUGAGUACUUUUCACUAAUCUAGCCUGCGCAAUUACGGCACGUACUAGUAGCAACACUGCAACACUGAAGGCUAAAAUUUUGCUCUAUUGAUGUUCAAGUUUGUUGAACAU